AUGGCGUUAAAGAUGAAGAGCAGCACACCGAUACGUGUGCGCGAAGUCUGGGCGGAGAACCUCGUAGAUGAGUUUUCUCUAAUCAAGGAAGCAAUCUCUCGCUUCUCCUUCGUUUCACUGGACACUGAAUUCCCUGGUACUCUCUUUCUGUCCAAUCUUGACAAGAGUUUGCUGUCUCAAGCCCCUCCUUCUCACAAUUACAGUCUCAUGAAGUACAAUGUUGAUCUCUUGAAAAUAAUUCAACUUGGGAUGACUCUGUCUGAUUCACAAGGAAAUCUUCCAAGUUUAGGAACAGAAUUCCACUACGUUUGGCAGUUUAAUUUCCGGGAUUUCAACAUCGAGCAUGAUCCUUACAACGACGAAUCUAUUGGGUUACUUGAACGCCAAGGUAUUGAUCUCAAGAAGAACAGAGAAAAGGGUAUCGAUUCCUCAGAUUUUGCAUGGAUGGUUUUGACUUCUGGACUUGUUUUCAAUAACUGUUCAAUAACUUGGAUUACUUUUCAUGGUGCUUAUGAUUUUGGGUUCUUGAUCAAGAUUUUAACUCGACGAGAGUUGCCAUGUGAUAUGGCGUCUUUUCUGGGGAUGGUUAGUUUCUUCUUUGGGGUUCGAGUUUAUGAUACAAAAUUCAUGAUGGGAUCUAUCAGUGGUUUGCGCGGUGGGUUGGAGAGGGUGGCUAAGUUGCUGGGUGUAGAACGGACAACCGGAAGUAGGCACCAGGCAGGAUCUGAUAGCCUGUUAACCCAGCAAACAUUCGUGAGAUUUAAGGAUUCUUGCGCUAAUCUUGAUCUUGAAAACUUGAAUGGCUGUGAGGGAAUGAUUUUUGGACUGUGUGAAGGCUGGCUGGGAUUCGAUCGUACACCUGAAGUAUACAUUGAAACUUCUACUCGGUUGAUCAAAACUCAGUUUAAGGAAGUGUUUUCAGUGUAA